CUACAAUAACCAAAUCGAGGUGCCAAGCCAAACCGGUGGCUCCUAUUUCUCAACCUUUCUGACUUGCUCCUACGGAACCAAGGUCGAAAGGAUUGAAAAAGUCAGUCAUUCAAAACCACUGAUCAAGGAUUCCUUUAAUAAACCACUGGGCAGGGCACACUCCCACGCCUACAAAUACGUCACCAGGCAGGCUGCCGGCCGAUCCCCAAUUCCUUCCUCGUCUUCCAUUUCAUCCCUGCCCACCACCACCGGAGACAAGACGAUCCAUUCGAUUCGUGGCCGGGCCGGAGAUGGAGAAGGUGAGCGCGUCGGUGCAGUCCUGGGUCGGCCAGCACAAGCUCGCCACCGCCGGGGCGGCGGCGUGCGCGACGGCGGCGGCGUGCGGGGGCCGGCGCGGGAGGCUGGCGGCGGCAGGGGCCGCGGCGUCGCUCGCGGGGGCGGCGGCGGCGCGCCGGUACUACUGCUACAGCAGGGGGAAGCAGGCGGAGGAGGUGAGCGGCAUGGAGCUCGACUUCUACUCGCAGCUGCCGCCGGCCACCGCCGAGGACGGCCAGGAGAACGAGCGCUGGAGCUACUGAGCCCUCACCCGGCCCGUCGGAUCGCCGCCCUGCCGCCCGGGGAUCGAUCCGAACGAGACGACGAUGACGAAGAUGAUGACGAUCAAAUUAGUGCUUAGUAGUUAAUUAAUCAAGGAGACUCGGGCCCCCGGUGACGUGGCAGUCCGUCCUCAUCCAUCCAGCUCAGGCGACGGGGUUAUCUUAUCUGCUUUCGCUUUUCAUAAUUAAUCCCUUUGCCAUUGCGCUGUCUCUGUCUUCCAGUAGGUGAGGUGGUUGAUGUACAAGGCAUCCUAAUCCUCUCCUCCACCUUAAUCUUCUCUAUGAUUGAAGCCACCGAUAUGAUAUACGCCCAGCAUUGCAAUUUGCAAUGAUGCGGCUGUUCCUUGUGGAUAUAUACAUAGAUGAUGGUAGUGGUGGUGGGUGAAUAAACAACAGCAGAGUCGCCUGAGUUAUCCAAGUUGUGCAUUCUUGUUUUUAAUUUCUUUCUUUCUUUGUUUACCUUUCUCCAAGCAGUUCGUUCUGGAUUCUUUAUGUAGGCGCAUCUUCUCCUUGGAAUCCUAAUUGAUUCAAGGGUUAUCCA